UUCUCUGCCGAGUCAUACGCAUAGUACUGCCAAUAGCGAACCGGCUAGUACCUACAUACGAAUUUUGCAUUUACCUGUGGCACAGAUUUUAAUUGUAAGUUGUAUUCAUGGACUCAUCGAUAGAUGACUCACGCCGCCCUAUCUACUUCUUAUAUCUGUCAUACCUGGGGAUAGUGUAGACCAAAGUAAGAUUUCGUAUAUAUCUAUCGUAGGUAUGUUAGGGCAUCUAGUACGCGUCUAGUCGAAUGGAUAUGUAUGGACAGUAACUUGUAGCUCGGGCAACGUCUAAAGUCAAUAUAGACUUCUCAUCCCUAGAAACAAACUCUAGAGAACUCUAUGACCCCAUGAAAGAAGAGGGAUAACUCACUCUUAGCUUUGGCUUUUCCCGAUUGGUUUCGUCCUUUCUGGUAUUCCCAAUCUAUCUUUAUCACCACCCUCGUCCCAAAUCUUGCACCACUAACCUCAAUGGCCGAAUCGUCGCGGAGGACAUCCGAAAUGGGUGGCCCUCCUGCGACUACGAUGCCUAGUGAUGUGGAAAAGACGGCCCAGGCACCACCGGAAAUCCUUGAUGAAGCCGAACACAAUUUCCAGCCAAAGACUUUCAAGUUUUGGUCUGUGAUGCUCAGCAUAUACCUCGCCCUCUUUCUGGUAGCUCUCGAUCGAACCAUUAUUGGUACCGCCAUCCCCCAGAUAACACAAGACUUCCACAGCCUGGGAGAUAUAGGCUGGUAUGGUUCGGCGUACCAAUUGACGACGGCAGCAUCUCAGCUCGUAUUCGGCAGAAUUUACAAGUUUUAUGAGGUAAAGAGGGUCUUCCUGAUUGCUGUCGCCCUAUUCGAAAUCGGCUCCGUUAUUUGCGGUGCGGCUCCAAAUUCGAUUGCCUUCAUUCUCGGCCGUGCCAUCGCCGGUCUUGGCGGCGCGGGUAUUUUCUCGGGUGUUAUGAUCAUCAUGAUUCCUUUAGUGCCGCUCCGAAAACGACCUAUGUUCCAAGGUAUUUUUGGAAUGGUCUUCGGAGUCAGCUCGGUCAUGGGUCCUCUCGUUGGAGGUGCUUUUACCGAUCGCGUCACUUGGAGAUGGUGUUUCUAUAUCAACCUUCCCGUCGGUGCAGUUACAUUUCUGUGCCUUUUGAUAGUCAACCUUCCGAAUAAGCCGCCAGUGCCCGCAUCCUUCUGGGAACAUUUUACUCGUUUAGAUCCUCUCGGAACGCUAUUCUUCAUCCCAAGUAUCGUUUGCCUCUUAUUGGCAUUGCAAUGGGGUGGGUCGACGUACGCAUGGCAUAAUUGGCGCAUCAUUCUUCUAUUUGUGCUCUUUGGUGUUCUCUUCAUCGUUUUCGCGAGCAUUCAGGUGUUGAUGCCUAAUACUGCAACGGUUCCGGUGAGGAUAAUUUCUCAACGCAGCAUUACAGCCGCAACGGUUUUCAUGUUUGCACUUACCGGGGCAAUGUUGAUGACAGUCUAUUACCUGCCUUUGUGGUUCCAAGUUGUACAAGGUGUCAGCGCCGUACAAUCAGGUAUCGAUACGCUACCCCUCGUCCUUAGUCUUGUCGCAGCUAGUUUCGUUUCCGGAGGCCUGACACAUAAACUCGGCUACUACGUGCCAUGUAUGAUCAUUUGUCCGACCAUCAUGUCGAUAGGGCUAGGGUUACUAACCACCUUCGACGUCGGCGAGAGUUCCGCUCACUGGAUUGGAUAUCAGUUUCUCGUGGGUUUUGGCUUAGGUAUGGGAAUGCAGUCAGCCGGUCUUGCCGCUCAAGCAGUUCUCCCUAAACCAGAUAUCCCGACUGGAAUCUCCAUCAUAUUCUUCGUCCAGCAACUAGGAGGGGCCAUUUUUACAUCAGUUGGUCAGAACCUCUUGAGCAGUUACAUGGUCCAGCACGUGUCGGAAGUACCUGGCCUUAGUCCUGAGCAGAUUACCAACGAUGGUGCCACAGGACUUGUGGAAAGUGUUCCGCCUUCAUCCCGACCUGCUGUGAGGAAGCUUUACAAUGAUGCUCUAACAAAAGUAUUCCUUUGUGCUAUGGGGGUGUCACUCGUCGCAUUUGUAGCAGCUUUUUUCAUGGAAUGGAAAAACAUCAAGAAGACUGGACCCAAAGCGAAUCUCUCCGGGGAAAUGAAAGAGGAUAGCACAACUACCACCGGCGAACAAGAGACAACUAUUAUGGAGAAUGCAGAAAAUUUAGAGCGACGUUCCGCUCAACUGGAAAAAGAGGAACGGAUAUCCAAUGAGCUGACUAAAGACACCUCGAGUUCUACCUCUAAGGUUAUCGAACAGUCAACUGCUCGUACGUCAAAUUAAAGUUUUUGGGGGUUAAUCAAUAUCGAGGUUCCAAUUAGCUAUGCUAAUGCGGCACAGAAGCAUUCUGGUAAUGAUUCUAGGUUGAGAAGUUGGGAAGUCGCUAGGAAGUAGUGUAUUAUGGUUAAUACGUAGAGAUGGAGGAUUGUAAUCUAGGUAGAAGGUCAUCAUGGGCUAGAUAGAAUUAGGCAAAUAACCUAGACAAUUUAGAUAGUGUACAUAAUAUUAUUCUGUACAUACAUAA